ACAAAAACGCGUGGAAAAAAAAUAAAUCAAAAUAGCCCCAUUUUUCUUUUUCUUCCUCUUCGCUGUCUUCCAUACUUUCACACACAGACACUGUCUCUUGAAAAAUCAAUCAUGGCUUCUUACUCUCUCUUCUGUAUGGGAAACCCCUUGCUUGAUAUCCAAGUCAAGGCUGAUGAAGAUCUGCUUGCAAGAUACCAUCUCAAGUCUAACGAUGCCAUUCUCGCUGAUGAAUCGCAUCAGUCUCUAUAUGAAGAGAUCAUCCUGUACAAGGACGUUGUCUAUGUUGCAGGCGGCGCCAGCCAGAACACUGCUCGCGGCGCACAACGCCUGCUUCCUCCAAAGUCAGUCGUCUAUGUCGGCGCUACUGCUCAGGACAAGUUCCGCGACCAGCUCGUUGCUGCUGCCACUGUUGAUGGUCUCACCACCGAAUACGUCACCAUUCCUGGCGAUCUUCCCACAGGCACCUGCGCUGCCUUGAUCUCAGGUCAUGACCGCUCGCUUGUCACAAAGUUGUCCGCUGCGGAAAAGUUCACAGUUGACCAUAUCCGCAGUGAGCGUAUCUGGCGUCUCGUUGAGAAUGCCCGCGUCUAUUAUGUAGAAGGCUACUUCCUCACCGUCACCCCUGAGGGUAUUCUCGAGGUUGCCAAGCAUGCUUCCAAAGAGAAUAAGAUCUUCACCAUGAACCUCUCUGCUCCUUUUAUCCCUCAAUUCUUUACCAAGGUUUUGGACGAAGUUCUUCCUUAUAUGGACAUUGUCUUUGGUAACGAGGGUGAAGCCGAAGCCUAUGCCACGGCUCACAACUUGCCUAACCCCAAGGAUGUCAAGGCCACCGCCACCUACAUCUCUCAGCUUCCAAAGGAGAACGAUAGCCGCAAGCGCAUCGUUGUCUUCACUCAGGGUAUUAAUAACACUAUUGUGGUCGAUUCAGAGGGCAAUAUCCAGGAAUACCCCAUCAUUGCCAUCUCCGAGUCUGAUAUCGUCGACUGCAAUGGUGCUGGUGAUGCCUUCUGCGGUGGUUUCCUUGCAAAGAUUGUCGAAGGCGCCUCCAUCGCCGAUGCUGUUGCCAAAGGUCACUAUCUCGCCCACCAAGUUAUCCAGCAGGUUGGACCCACCUACCCUCGCAACAUCAACAAGGAUUAGAAAUUUUCUCUAUAUUGAUUGUAAAAAAUAAAAAUUGAAUAUAUAUCUGUCUAC